AUGGUCAUUCUUUCAUCAUCUCUUUUCUUCUGCCCAUAUUCCCCUUUCACUCGACUCUCUCUCUCUCUCUCUCUCUCUCUCUCUCUCUCUGAUUUUUUUUCAUGUCUUUUUUUUUUCUCUUCACUUUUUCAGAUUUUUCAGGUUUGUUUUCGUUUUUCUUAUUUCGUUGUUGCGUAUUUUAUUCAACACUCACCGGAAAUGCAGAAACAGCACGGCCUUGAGCUUGGACAAUCGAAUGUCGUGUACAGAAUAAAAAUCCGACGAGUUAAGCAGACGAUUACGCGAUGUGCAAUCUUUCUACCUACCUGUUUAUGUAUUUAUCUUCAUAUCUAUCUAUCUAACUUUAUAUCUAUCUAUCUAACUAUCUAUCUAACUUCAUAUCUAAAACAACCAUAUCUAUCUAUCUAUCUCAGUCUGUUCAUAUCUAUCUAUCUAUUUCAGUCUUCUGUCCAUAUCUAUCUAUCUAUCUAUCUAUCUAUGUUAUUCCUUUCUGUUCGUAUUGCUUUCUAUUGUUAUUCCUUUUAUAGUAUUUCUCUUUUGAAUUUUGUCCUUCCUCCCUUUCUUUCUCUCUGUCCUUCUAGCUUUCUUUCUUCCUUUUAUCAUUUCUUCACACUGUUAUUUCCUUUCUGUCUUCCUAAUGACGUUUCUUUCUUUUUAAAUAUCUCUUUUUCAUUUUCUUUCUUUCUUUCUUUCUUUCUUUCUUUCUACAAUCAUUCCUUUUUCUUUCAAUGUGUUCGUUAUCUAUCUAUCUAA